CUUCGUGAAGAUGGCUUCGCGCGCGGGACCUCGAGCCACGGGAACCGACGGCAGCGACUUCCGGCACCGGGAGCGCGUGGCCGAGCAUUACCAAAUGAGCGUAUCUCUCAAGUCUGAGAUUAAGAAGUUGAUCUACAUGCAGGUGGCACUGUGGCUGUUGGUGGCAGCACAAAUGUGCGUAGCUCACUUCAAACUUCUACCCCAUGACAAGGUGGCCAUGCCUUACCAGUGGGAGUACCCAUACUUGCUCAGUAUCAUCCCCUCACUCUUUGGCCUCUUCUCCUUUCCCCGAAACAACAUCAGCUACCUGGUGAUUUCCAUGAUCAGCACCGGCCUCUUCUCGGUGGCGCCUCUCAUCUAUGGCAGCAUGGAGAUGUUUCCGAUGGCUCAGCAGCUCUACCGCCAUGGCAAAGCCUACCGCUUCAUCUUUGGUUUCUCUGCUGUCUCCGUCAUGUAUCUGUUGGUAGUGGUGGCGGUGCAAGUUCACGGCUGGCAACUUUAUUACAGCAAAAAGCUAUUGGACUCCUGGUUUACCAGCACCCAGGAGAAAAAGAAGAAGUGAACAAGGGGUUGGGCAUUGCAUGCAUCAACACUCUCUUGGACUGAGGGGUGGGAAAGAGGGAGAGACCUCCUUCAGGAGAAGUGGAUGGUGCUCUUGGGUUUCUCUCUCAUCCUUAUGGAACAAAUGGGAGAUCCAGGGGUUCCAGCUGAGCUGAAUGAACAUUGAACCAUGCUUGGUGGUUUUCCAGCUUGUGUGACCUAAGACUGGGAGUUGUAGGCUGGGGUAGUCCUGCUUUGGAAGGGAUUUAGGGGACCCUCCUUCCAAAGGAGAGGCAACUGAUACCCUUUAAAGCAGCGUUUCUCAACCUUAGCCACUUUAAGAAGUGUGGACUUCAACUCCCAGAAUUCCCCAGCCAGCAUGCUGGCUGGGGAAUUCUGGGAGUUGAAGUCCACACAUCUUAAAGUGUCUAAGGUUGAGAAAUGCUGCUUUAGAGAGAUGCUUUCCUCACUUGGCUUAGGCAGAUGAGACUUGCUGGAGUCUCCUGAUAGUUGGAACAAACCAAUACUGAGCUAUGCCAUGUGCACUUUAAAAGAUUCACCCUUUGCACCAUCUUGAAUUACGCUGUGAACAAUUGGAACCUAGUAGGAAUAGGAAAGCAGCACUCAGCAAGGCCAUGAACCCCAUCCAUCCAUCCAUCCAUCCAUCCAUCCUAGAACUCCCACUUCAGAAUAUUAUAGGGCCCAACCCUGUCAAGAGAUGUUGGUUGUUUGUGGCCAUGCUCCCAGGAGCAGCUAAGUUUCCUUACCCUGGUGGUAAGGGCUGCCACCCAAUGUUACUCUUUCUCCAGCCCUAUCAACAGGGGACUGGUAUGCCAAGUGCUGAAACUUGCUCUGCUGGACUGCCCCUCUGAGCUUGAUUUGUUUUCUUACCCCAUUGCCUGUCCACUCUUUUGGAGUCCAUCCACAUUCCAGAGACCCUUUGCCUUUUCUGCAAGCUGCCUAGGUGUUCCAGGAAUGGCUGCUGCCCAUCUCUGCUCUCAUGCUUGUGAACCAAAUAAAGUGCUGUCUUAAAAGUC